CUUGUCUCCAUCGCUCCACCCACUUCUGCCACACCACCCGAUUGCUUGUUUCAUUCUUCCCUUCGCAGCACACUUUUGCGGGGCAUCUGUGCUGGAUAUCAAAGUUGUUGUCAUCGCUACUCGCUCUCUCACUUUAACUUUUGACAAGUCCGGAGCUCCCAUCGCCAACAGCCACACUUGCAGCAGCAGAAGUGGACGACAAUGGCGGAAACCGGCAAGGAUGCCAAGCUCUUCCAGCGUGGCAAGGUCCAAGAGCUGCGAGCGGAGCUGAAUAGCGACAAGAAGGACAAGGGAUGGGUCCGAAAGAAAACGACGUUGAAAAAGGUCAUUGCCAACGCCACGAUGGGCAACGAUAUGAGCCCGCUCUUUGACGAUGUUGUGGCUUGCAUGAACAUCCAGGUCCUAGAGAUCAAGAAGAUGAUAUACCUCUACCUGAUCAACUAUGGACGAUCAAAGCCGGACAAGGUCGGCCACGCCAUUCCCGGCUUUCUGUCCGACUGCAACGAUCGCAACCCCCUCAUUCGUGCGCUGGCCAUUCGGACAAUGUCUUACAUCUCCGUCCCUUCGAUUCUCACCGCCCUCGUGGACCCACUCCGACACUCGCUCAAAGACUCAGACCCAUAUGUGCGCAAGACAGCGGCCAUCUGCGUCGCAAAGCUGUACAUGCAUGAUCGCAAGCUCGUCGACCGACAAGGCUUCAUCGGCAUGCUCCGCGACCUACUUGCAGACGGUAAUCCGACCGUCGUCGCAAACGCUGUUGCAGCCUUGACAGAGAUCUCCGAAAGGAGCGACAACAUCCAGCUCAAGCUAAACCUCACCAUCGCCAGCAAGCUUGUCAGUGCGCUACCGGACUGUUCAGAAUGGGGGCAGACAUACAUCUUGGAGGCACUCAUGUUCUUUGUCCCAAACGAUUAUGCCGACGCGGAGAUCUUAGCAGAACGCAUCGCCGUCCGACUGCAGCACUCUAACUCCGCCGUAGUGCUGACGGCGACAAAAGUCAUCUUGUAUUUGAUGAACUACAUUGCCUCGGCAGAAUUUAGAGAGAGCCUCUGCAAGAAGCUCAGCCCUCCUUUAGUGACGCUUCUCUCUUCGGGCCCGGAGGUACAGUACGUGGCGCUUCGAAAUAUCCUUCUCGUCAUUCAGAGAAGGCCCAUCGUGCUGCAGAAUGAGGUCAAGGUGUUCUUCUGCAAGUACAACGACCCGGUAUACGUCAAGAUGGCCAAGCUCGAGAUCAUGUACAGGCUGGCGAAUGACAGGAACGUCGAGCAAGUCCUGGCUGAAUUGCGCGAGUAUGCGACCGAGGUCGACGUCGACUUCGUCCGCAAGGCCGUGCGCUCCAUUGGGCGGCUGGCCAUCAAGAUUGAGUCUAUGGCGGAUAGAUGCAUCAGCACUCUCCUCUCGCUCAUCCAAACCAAGGUCAACUACGUUGUCCAAGAGGCCAUCGUUGUCAUCAAAGACAUCUUCCGAAAGUACCCCAACCGAUAUGAGUCGAUCAUCUCGACUCUGUGCGAAAAUCUCGACUCGCUCGACGAGCCAGAGGCAAAAGCGGCCAUGAUCUGGAUCAUUGGGCAGUAUGCUGACCGGAUCGAGAAUAGCGAUGAGCUGCUCGAGGACUUCCUCUUCAGUUUUCUUGAAGAGCCAGUCGAGGUGCAACUGGCACUACUCACCGCAACGGUCAAGCUCUUCCUCAAGCGACCGACGGUGGGAGGCGAACUGGUGCCGAAGGUGCUCAAGUGGGCUACCGAAGAAGUCGACAAUCCCGACUGCCGUGACCGAGGCUUCAUGUACUGGCGUCUUCUCUCAACAGAUCCGGCCGCCGCUCGAAACAUUGUCCUUGCCGAGAAGCCAUCAAUCAGCACUGAAACAGACAGGAUGGACCGACAGCUUCUCGACCAGCUCCUGCUCCAUGGUGCCACGCUCUCGUCGAUCUUCCAUCGGCAACCACAGACAUUUAUUCGAGGAUCCAAGGCAAGAUAUCUGCCUGACAGUAACGCUCUCGACGAAACAGCGAGGAGGUAUGCGAGCACACAUCUUUACAGCAAGCCGGUUGCGAAGAAUCCUUAUGCACCUUCGACUUCGGGUUCUGCCCCUGCUGCUGCGCCCAUUUCCUCCCUCACGAAGCCGUCGCUGCCAUCAGGCUCAUCAAAUGACGGCAAUGAAGAACCCAUCAGCACAACGACGUCCAUGGCGGGCGCUAUGGCGGCCAUCUCCAAUGUUGACGAGGCCAAUCAGGCCGACGAAGAGAGUACCGCAGUCACGAAUGGCUCCUCAGCAGCACCGCCAUCGCUUCCUUCUCGUGCACUGGCAGCCAACCCGGAAGCCACUGGUGUGCCAACAGACGCGGAUGCGAACGACCGCUCGGAUCCUUAUGCAAUGCUCGGUGACGACUUUGGUGGCAUGGACGACGACUAUGCAGUUGAUGCCCCCAAACCAAGAGCUGGCGGAAUCGACGACUUGCUAAGCUGAAUAACAUGAACGACCCACCCCGAUUGGACCAUUGAGAAACAUUGUAUGACUACCACACGCUACCGCUCUGAAAACCAUUCUUGCGUGUGUGGACGAUGAUAAAGUG